AUGUCGGCACCUGGAAAUUACAGAGAUAGGCAUAGAAACGAUUGGUUUGAUCCACGUGCCGUAAAUUUUUCAAAUAGGGAGCAGGAAAGAGAAUUUUUAGAACACUCUCGUUAUCGUGAUCGCCAAAGUUACUACGAUUCACGUUAUCAAGAGAGGGAAAGGUCCCUCCCCCCACGUCCUACGCCGAGUGGUUUUUAUCGCGACCGUCUCUACCUCGCCCCAAUCUACGAUCGUUACGACCAAGAUUAUGGCAGAGUCAGACCAACCUAUGGGUAUGACGUGCGGGAUUUUUACACACGUAAGGCCGGUCGAGGGUUUUGGAGUGAUACGGCGAAUUAUAAUUCCCGCCGUGACAGUUUUUGUGCGGAAUAUAAUCGUGUGGAGGAUAGGCAAUAUACGGAUGAGGACAGCGAGCGUGAGGCAAGUCGUGAGAGUUUUGACUGUGGCAAUAGACACAGAACCGACGAGCAAGAAGAAGACUAUGGACCACCGCAAGAAGAGGAUGAGGUGGAAGAAAUAGUGAUAGACGACCACGAAGAUCAGGAUCGUCUGCCAGGAUUCUUUAAGCGGCCAUGGCGCCCAGCAAAUCGAAGUCCAGAGAGUUUUGCAGGGCAGCAAGCGGCCAGGUCGCCAGCCGUACCCAGCUCACCGAGGCCGGGUUCAUCAAAGGAGCGUACCCCAGAGCCCCGUAGUCUAAGGUCGAAUGGUAGUAAAGAACCUGUACCGUUGGUAGUGCCACAAGAGGUCACCGAAGCUCUUUCCAGCUGGUUGACGAAAGGAGUACCAACUGACGAAUCUAAAGCAAUUUCAAAGAGGAUUCCGCUUGAUUUUGUGGACAAAGAAUUUUCGUUAAGACCACCCAAACUCGACGGCUACAUGUAUAGACGGGCAAAGGAUAAAGGGAAGUUAAAAGCAGUCAAUGCGGCGGAGGAGUCGCUGGUCACGACGCAACUCAAGAUCAUGGAUAUUGGCCCGCCACUUAUAGACCUCUAUACCCGCAUUCUUUCCCUCAGUGAUGGAGAAUCGGAAAGAAAAGCCCAGGAUUUGGUAAAGGACGCACUACAGCAGUGGUCUCGCGCCUAUCACCACGUUACCCGGCAGAGAAGGCGAUCGGUGGUUGCCUUAGUGGAACCCGGUUUUGACUUUCUUACAGCUGACCCGGAAGCGUUUGCACCCGGAAAGGAGGCUCGAGAGCUCCUUUUUACGGGAAAGUUCCUGGAGUCGAUGCUUAAAGAAGCAUCGCAGGACGCAACAUUGGCUAAAAUCUCAAAGACCAAGACAAGUUUCAGGUCCAGAGGAAAUGGGUCAAUGGACCAUUCUCAAUCAGCAUCGAAGCACCCUUUCGUUUUGCGCCCGAGGAAGACGAGGGAGCAGCCACCGCAACGAGUUGGAGGGGAAAGAGGACGACCGACUGGGGCUAGUUCCUGGUUACGGGGAGGCCAAAGGUACGUUUUUAAUCCCCAAUCUAUUAUUUGUUCUAAACGCCGGGCGGAAGAGCAAGUGGGUGCUAGGUUGAUAGCUUUUGCGGAUCGUUGGACGGUGGUAACGGACGAUAAAUGGAUCCUCGAUAGUUUAUCGCAUGGCGUUAAACUCGAUUUCAGCAUUUCACCUACUCAUCGCACAAUUCCUGUCUCUGUUGUAAUGCCCAAAGAGAUGGAGGCAGUUUGUGACAGAGAAGUGAGGGAUCUUGUCAGAAAGCGGGCUAUUAGAGAAAUCACUGACGGGUCUCUGAAGGGUUCGUUUGUUCUUUAUUUGUGA